AAGUUUCGACUGGAACAAUGUUGGACUUCUUAACUAUAUUCACGAAAGGAGGAAUCGUACUAUGGUAUUUUCAGGGAACUGUGGGAAGCUUCACAAUCCCUGUCAAUGAUCUCAUCCAAAAUGUUCUUCUGUCGGAAAAAGGAGGAGUGGAUACUUUCAGCCAUGGCCCUUUAGCUUUAAAAUACAAGCUGGAUAAUGAAUUUGAGCUUGUUUUUGUGGUUGGUUACCAAAGAAACUUGCAAUUAGCCUAUGUUGACAAAGUGCUUACAGACAUCCAAAAAGAAUUCAGGGACAAGUACAAAAACCAACUUGAAGCUGGGUCUUUAGCCACAUGUCAUUUUGAUUCUGAUUUCCAUCGCCUGCUCCGGGAUGCAGAAAUGGAACAUAAAAAUAAAAAGAAUGUCAUGAGAAGUUUUGAUGAAACCAAAAAAGCCCAGCGAAUCAGAGAAAAUAAGGGGGAGCUUGCUAUACCAAUCAAAAAGGGGACCAAAAAGCAAAAAUUGAAAGCUGCAGAUUUAGAUGACAACAAAGAAAAUGUAUCAGUGAAUUCUGAAAUGGAAGUUGAUAAAGCAAAUGAAGUGGUGGAAGAAGCCAAUGGAAUUGAAGAAGAAAUUGCUGAAAAUGGGGAUGCACAAGAGAUGGAUGAUGAAGAACAAGAAAUGAUGAAAAGAAGAGAGCUUUUAAUGAAAGGCAUGCUGAAAGGAGGCGGAAAGAAAAAGCCGGUCAAAAAGGAGAAACCUGUGUUGAAAGCUUCUGGUCCAGCUAAAAAGGAAAAAAAGAAGGAGGGAAGAAUAUGGGACAAUGGUGGAACAACUAAAGACAUGGAGGCAUUGGACUUCAGCAAAUCAGAAAUUGAAGAAGGGAAAAGGGAAGAUGCUGGAAAAAGUACUGUUUUGGUUGGAAGCAUGAAAGGGGACCUAAAAGGCAUUGAUGUUGACUAUGAUCUGGAUUCUGCUGUUGACAAAGUUGAUUCAGUAGUCGAGGAUCAAGUAAAUAAUUCCAAGAAAGAUCCUGAGAAAACUGCCAGUGGUGCAUCUUCAUUUGGUGGAGGCUUUUUCUCCUUCUUCAAAGGGUUGGCUGGACAAAAGGCAAUCACAAAGGAUGCAAUGGCUCCAGUUUUAGAUAAAAUGAGAGAACAUCUUUGCUCUAAAAAUGUGGCAACAGACAUUUCUGAAAAGCUCUGUGACUCAGUUGCACGGAAAUUGGAAGGAAAAGUUCUUGGCACAUUUACAGGUGUUGCUUCCGCGGUGCGUGGCAGUAUGGAGGAGUCUUUGGUACAAAUUUUGUCACCAAAGAAGAAGAUUGACAUUCUGAGAGAUAUCAAAACAGCAAAGGCUAAUUGCAGACCUUUUGUCAUUGUUUUCUGUGGUGUAAAUGGCGUUGGAAAGUCAACCAACCUUGCUAAGAUUUGCUUUUGGUUAUUGGAAAACAAUCACAGGGUGAUGAUAGCAGCUUGCGAUACCUUCAGGUCCGGAGCAGUCGAACAACUGCGCACUCAUACACGCCAUCUCAAUUCGCUGCACCCUCCUUCCAGAGCUAAUGGUCCACCCAGUGUCGUUCUGUAUGACAAAGGUUAUGGAAAAGAUGCAGCGGGCGUUGCUAUGGAGGCAGUAAAUCAAGCUCAACAGCAAAGAAUUGAUGUUGUAUUGGUCGACACAGCCGGACGUAUGCAGAACAAUGAGCCACUCAUGAGGUCUCUGGCUAAGUUGAUCAAGAUCAAUGACCCAAAUUUGGUGCUGUUCGUUGGAGAGGCCCUUGUUGGCAACGAUGGUGUCGACCAAUUGAAAUCAUUCAACCAAGCAUUGGCAGACCAUUCUGGCCAAGACAACCCCCGUCUCAUAGAUGGCAUUGUUCUUACCAAAUUUGAUACCAUUGAUGACAAGGUUGGAGCUGCAAUUUCCAUGACAUACACGACCGGUCAACCAAUCGUUUUUGUUGGAAUUGGACAGACCUACAGUGACCUGCGUAGCCUUGAUGUUAAUUCAAUUGUGAAGGCGCUCCUCAAAUCAUAAGGUUUCAGAACGACUCAUGGACAGUUUAUUGACAGAGUAAUUUAAUGAAAUAGAGGAAACUGGAAUAUUUAUUGGGAACAAAUGAAUUAAAAAUGAAUCGUUAAAAUAUGCA